AUGACAAUACAUCGUGCAUUGAUUCAUCUUUGGUACUUUCUAUGCUACUCAUCAGCACUUUCUGAUUCUUAUAUAUUACUUUAUCAUACGGAAAAUUCACCAUCAGUACAACAUUUCGAUUGUAUCUAUUACACACGAUUGAUAAUUCUGGACAACAUUCAAGGAGUGAAAUAUUGUCGUCAGUUGAACGAAACUCAACCAUUACAACGUGAUUUCAAUCAAUCCUGUCAUAACGGUGGACAACUAUGGUCAUUUGAAACAUUAUCAAGCCUUAAUGUUUCAGCAUCAGAUGUUUUACAGUGGAGUUCAAGUCUAGAACAAACCGAUCUUUAUUCACAAUAUUUAUUCAACAAGUCACUGGAUAUGAAAGAUGAGUAUAUUUGCAACUGUACAAAUCCAUCUUCAUUCGGAAAAUUUUGUGAAUACAAAUUUUAUGGAAAUAGUAUUUUCUUUGAUGAUGCCAUCGCCGAACAGUUCAAACCACUUGAGAGUUACACUAUGAAAAGUGGCAAGAUUCAUGUUAGUAGUCAACUUCAUGAUAAUCGACCAUGUUACAUGACAUGGACAUGUGAUUCAGGAUUGAUGUGUCUCGAUUGGAGACAUAUUUGUGAUGGUAAACAACAAUGUAUGAAUGGUUUAGAUGAAGAUUAUUGUGAAAGAUUAGAAUUUAAUGAAUGUGAAGAUGAUGAAUAUCGAUGUGCAAAUGGAAUGUGUAUUUCAGAUCAAUAUUGGUUAGAUGUAGAGUAUGAUUGUAUGGAUUGGACAGAUGAGAUGAAUAUUCUUGUCGUGUCAGGAAUCAACUGUUCCAAUACGCCCUCAUCGAUUUGUGAUGAGCAUGUGUGUCUCUACAGUCAAUGGUCAUGUGGCGAUGCUUAUCAAAACAUAUGUCUUGAAUCAACAGAUUUUACAGAUAAAUGCAUAUUCUCAUCAAGGUGCGCAUUGAGUGAUGGUCUUAAUAAAGACUGUGAAUGCAAAAGUGCUCUUAUAUGCCGUUCAUUAGUUAACAACUCAUGCUCAUAUCAGAAGGUGGUGUGGUAUCCGAAAUUAGGUCCACUUCUUACGCCCUAUAUUUAUAUGGCUUAUGUAUAUGAUCGCGAUUGGAGAAAAAAGAGGCCUGACAGUUUUGAAAUUGAUGGCAAAAUCAAAUGUAUUGGUUAUCAGUCAGCUACAAUUCGUCGUUGGUUGUACCCAAUGCCUAAAGUUCAAGGACUCUUUCUCUACAUGGAUUGGGAGUAUUUACUUUGUAACAUGGAAUCUAUAGCCAUUCAGAAUGACUCAGCUUCACGUUACGAUAUGAGCUGUUGGAAUAAUUCAAAAACAUUCAACAAUCGUUCUUAUCAAGUUUCAUUUUUCUGUAAAUCAAGAUGUAUAUCAAAGUACCGAGCCCGAGAUGGAGUCGUUGAUUGUUUUGAAAAUGAAGAAUUGAAAACUAUCAAUAACUCUUGUUCACAAAUCCAGUGCGGCGCAGUGGCGAAUUUUAAUGCUGACUGCACCAACGGACGAGAUGAAUUCGAUCACGAAAAUGAUAUCGCACUUUUAAAUGAAGAAAACCUCUGCGCCAAAAAUUCUCCUCUAAAAUGUGAUUAUCUUCGAGAAUAUAUUCAGAUUUCAUCAGAGAACGACACGAACAAAGUCACGAUUGUGAAAAAUUCAUCAAAAGCAAGUUCAUUUCGCUCAUAUUGUAAUUCAUUUUUUGAUACAAACUCAGUGACUGAUGAAUUGCCAGAGUUAUGUAAAAACUGGAUUUGUUCGAAGGAUGAAUAUCAAUGUUUAUCUGGCCAAUGCAUUUCACGCAGUUGGCUUUGUGAUGGUGAGUGGGACUGCAAUGAUGGGUCAGAUGAACAACGUCUUUUCAUUAUAAAUCAUCUUAGUGAACACAAUUCAAAACUAAUUCAUUUAAACCAACUAAAACAACAAUGUCAAAGACGGUAUCACUCAAAGAAUACUCCAUUUUCUGAUAUAUGUAAUAUUUCAUUUGAAUAUCCAUGUUUUCGAACUGGUAUUGAUGAUAUAUUUAAUGUGGAAGAUAAUCGUCCAUGUAUCAAUUUAACACAAAUUGGAGAUGGAAAACAGAUUUAUCGAUUUGUACCACAAAAACAAACAACGUUGAAGUACCGACAGCUCAAAGCGAGACCAGUGAAACGCUCACGAAUUCCAAAUUAUCCAACAUUAACACAAUCAUUGCAGAACACUUAUUCAUCAAUGCUCAUUCAAAACCAAACAGAUACUCUAUUAAACUUAACAUUGAACUCGAAAUCCGAUGAUCAUGUAACAAGGGUAUUUGCGAAACAUUAUCUUAAAACAAAAUCAGUUUAUGAAACUGUUCGUGAUGCACUUCCAACCGAUACAGUAACAUUUGAAAAUGAUUAUCUUCCAUUUAUUUGUAAUCGUGGUGUUGCAGUCAAAUAUUAUACAGUUCUCACACAUCUUCAUUUGAACGAUCAUCUUCGAUCUUUCAAUAAACUAAAUCAAAUCAAAGUUUUGACAACAUUUCUGUUCAAAGAUGAAAUAAUUGAUUAUUAUGAAUUUCAUGUUGAUCCACAAACACAAGUUGAUAACAAUUAUGUUAAACAGCAGAUUUAUUUUGUGUAUUCUCGAUCAAAACAAGUUCUUCACAUGAAGACAACAAAUCGAAGCGGCACUCAGUUAUACAGUGUUCGAUUCGAAGCAUUUAAUUUACUUUUAAAUGAAAGAAUUGAGAUCAUUGGAGUAUGGAAAUAUCCAAUCUAUUUUGAUAAUCUUCCAUCAUUUCGAUUAUCAAAGAUUCUACGAUUUCAAUCACUCACUCCACCCUCAAAUAUAAACGAUCCUUGUUCAAAUCAUUCGUGUAGUCCAAAUGGAAUCUGUCAAAGGAUAAUCAAUUCAAACCAUCGAUCGUAUUUUUGUUUUUGUAAAAGUGGUUAUUAUGGAAAUGAUUGUGAACAUUAUGAUGAAGAAUGUAACAAUUAUUGUUCACCACAAUCAAUUUGUAGACCAAACUAUCGUGGCAUUUUAUCUGAAAAUCAACGAGAUCCAUUCUGUGUAUGUCCAGUAUCAACAUUUGGUCCGAAAUGUUAUUUUAAAAAUAUUAAUUAUCACCAAAAUCCAUGUUUGAAUGGAGGAAGUUAACAAACAAGUGAUGUUGUUGCUGCAACAGUUUUAUAUAGUGAUUAUCACCCCUUAUCAUUGCAAUUACAUGUUCGUCAUCAGCAAGUCUAUUCUUAUUUACCUUCAAAUUUAAAAUUAAGAUACAGCAAAGAACUUGGCACUUAUGCACCAACAACGGCAGUUCUCAAAGUAUACAAAUCAAAUGAUCAUCGCGAAGAACCAAACUAUUAUUUAUUGUAUUUUUAUCCGAAUCAGACAGAAAUGAAUAUUACAGUUGAUUUGACCAUGGAAAAUUUCUAUCCAUUAGUUGAAACAUUAUGGGACUCAUUCCAGACAAAUAAGACACCAGUUAUUCAUAUUAUACUUGGCAGUAAUGGAACAUUAUUCUCCUACACAAAUCUUAAUUUCUAUUCGUGUAAGAUUAUUUCUUUUCUUCUCUCUAUCUUGACCCGCAUCACUUAUUGGUUAACAAGUUUGAUAUCAACUGAACGUCUUUGUUUGGUCUUGUUUCCAACAUCUGUCACAUUGAAGAAUCCACGUCGGGCAAUGGGUUUUAUUAUCAGUGUAAUUCUGUUUGUUUCUGCUAUGCAUAUCCAUGAAUUGAUAUAUUAUAAAACAAUUGAUGAUCUUUCUUAUUCAUCUGAUGAUGUCACUAUUUGUGUUACUGAUAAUGUUCAAUCAUCUGUGUCAACUUACGCUCGUAUAAAUGUCAUAAUUCAUUAUUUUAUUCGAUUUAUCAUUCAAAUCAUUUCAAUCACUAUUUUAAUUAUUCAAGUUGCUUAUAAUCUAUUACGAGCUAGUAGCAAGAAUAAGCAACAAAGAUUCUUCAUUAUUUUAAAAGGACAGUUGAAAGAACUAAAAGAACAAUAUGUAACACCAAUGAUUAUUGUUGUCAGUUCAUUACCACAAAUGAUUCUGUCUUUUUUAUAUGCAUGUACUGAUUUAAACCAAUCUUGGCAGCGAUACACUUUGUUAGCGAGCUAUUUUCUUUCGUUUUUACCACAAAUGUUAGGUUUUAUUUUGUAUGUGUUACCAUCAACCGUCUAUUCAGAGGAAUUUUAUCAAACUGCAAUAGGCAAACCAUUUUUCGGCAAAAACUGGUGUCUCCACCGCGAAACCAAAACAUCCAAAUGA